GGCAAUUAAGUCCCGGGAUUCUCGGGACGGAGUCGGUACAAAUAUGUAGCAUCUGAUUCAGCACUUAAAUAGGCUUCCUAUCGAAUCAGAGACAUCGCUCGCAACCCCCAGGUACAUUGUUUCGGUGUAGCCUUGGAGUAACGCGGAAUCCAUUGUUGCCUCUGCUAGGGACACCGUCUGGGACGAAGAUACGCUCGAAGAAGCAAAUGACACGAUAUCGUUCAUGACGGGGGAAAGCGCAAUUCAUGACCCUGUUGCAAUGGAUGAUGAACUCCCUCCUCAAAUUGACGUACUAUUUCCGACACCAAAUGCUCUCGAAGCAACUGGCCUGGUUUUUCACGUGCUCGGGCAAUGUCAUUGCGGCCAAUAUCAUGAUAAUUGACGGCCCGAACCAUACUUGGCCAGGAAAACGUGUAGGGCACCUAUUCUGUAUUUUUUUACCUAUGUGUUCGACUAUGUUAUAUGGUGGUCCUUUCGGAAAUGCAUAUUGCGAUUGGAAUGCUCGCCUUUCGUCUUUGAUAGCUAUCCAUUCACAAUGCAGCUGCUUCUAGUUCUCGUUGAUACUGUCG